CUGUACUCGAGCGCUGCACACGUGCACAGUGAAACGACCAUUCGGAUCGGCGCGAGGGUCCGCACGGCUUUGCAACUGCUCGCGUGGACAUGAAAAGACCCUUCUAUGAACGGCACGAAAAUAGGAUCGUUGCGCCCAGCAGCGGUCUCCCGGGCCCCGGCCACGCACUCCCGCCCCACCCCAGCCGCGCCACCGCCCUGCAGCCUGCCAACGGCGCGGCGCCCCUAGUUAGUACCGGUGCUGGUGCCGGUGCUGGUCCGGAGGCCCCGCUACCCCCCGCCACCUUUGAUCCCAAGCCCGCCACAACCCACAUCACCCCCGCCCCUGUUGCUGCUGCCGGCCCCACCGCCGGCGCCUACUCCGCCCUGCACCACUCGGAGCAGUACUUUCGCGUCCCCGCGGUUCCCUCCGACGACUGCUAUUUCCUGCACUGGGUGCGCAUGUGGGUGGUGGGCUGCACCGCUGCCGAGCAGUCGCACGUGCUGGCGGCGGUGAGGGAGAGCGGCGCCACACGCGAGCCGACGCUGACUGCCGCGGUGACCCACAUCGUGUUUGGGUCGGUGCUGAGUACGGCAGAUCUGGCGGAGGUACGGCAGCACCUGGCGGAGCACCGCGAGCAGGUGAAGCUGGCGCGGCUGGGCUGGCUGUACGAGUGUGUCAACCGGCGGGCGUACCUGGAGCCGGAGGGGCC